AACAACAACAACAUGGUAUCAUCCUCUCUGUCCUCGUCUUCUUCGUCUAUAAAGAAAUCUUGGAAAACAAGAAUUUGCCUCGAUUCUUUACCGGAAGAUCUUCUCGUAGAGAUUUCGUCAUGUAUCGCAGCUUCUUCCUUGUCAGAGGUUCGUAAUCUCAGAUUAGUUUCGAAACCGUUUCGACAUAUUUGCGAUGAUGGAUAUGUUCUCCGCAGACUUUCGCUCCAAGAAACCCCUCUGUUCCCAUGGCAUCGCGACCAUGAAACGUUCUCCAAUUUUUUCAAAAGAUGUCGCAAGAAUGGAAACCCCGAAGCUUUGUAUCGCAAAGGAUUCAUCUACUACUUUCUACAGAACCGUGAGCACAAAGGACUCAAACAUUUAGCUAAAGCUGCAGAAAAAGGACACAAAGAGGCUAAAUAUGUCUAUGGGCUGAUUCUGAUCUGUCUUGGAGGCCAAACAAAACAAAAGGGUUUCAAGAUCUUGUCUUCUGUUACAAAGCCGUUGUUGUCAACUACGAUAGAUGAGCUGCUGGAACUUCGAUACAAGAUUGAAAAGAUUAGAGAGUUCGUUUGGAAAAUUAUCUAUUAAAUUACUAAUUUCAAUGGGAAAAUAUGUGCAAUU